AAAAAAAAAAAAAAAAAAAGGAAGCGAAAGAGAGAAGAGACAACGAGUGUGUGAUAAUCGGUGUCAGUUGAUCGUAGAUUCGUGCCAAUUAAUUUGUCGGCAAUUAACCUUUCUUUUUUUUGCUCUCGCUUAUCCCGCAAACUGACUGUAGUGCGCGCGAAGAUGAAUCUAUCGGUGAGCACGGCGACUCUGUGCAUCCUGAUCGUGGCCCUGCUGUCGGAGACGACGUAUGCCAGACCGAGACAGGACUGGUUUCUGAGUCGGCAGAAGCGACUUUCCGAUCAACGACUCGCCGAGCUUGAGACACUUUUGGCGCUGGAAAACGUGAAGGGCAUCGUGGUUCCCGUAGGAUUCGGAAAAGUGAACCCAGCUGUCUUAGGCCGUAAACGAAGAUCCAUCUCGGAGGACAAUUUUCGAAAAUUGCAACAUCUCCUGCUGCUCAUUGCUCAAGACGCGGAAUCAACUGCGGACCAACCCGAUCAGAUUCGUCCCUUGCCGUGGAAGGAAGAUUCGCGGGAGGAACAAAGGGACUACCAGUUGAUUUAAUUCGGAAGCUUGUGUCGCUCGAGAACGAAGCGAACGUCAGGAAAGAGAAGCGGAAGAGAAAUAACGGGGGAGGAAGGAGCGUGCAAGAAAGAGAGAAAAAUAGAAAGGAGAAAGUAGAACAAUUUAAAAAAAAACACACGCGCGCGCGCGCGCGCGCGCACGCGCACGCGCACGCACGCACGCACGCACGCACGCACGCACGCACAUACACGCGUACAUAUUACACGUACAUUAUACACGCGUAAUAUUUAAUUGAUCUCUCAGCCGUGAUCCGUCGACAAUGCACUACUACGGACUAGCCUCCGUCCGAGCUUCCAAUUUCUUUAUAAACUUACGCCUUAAGAAGUAAGUAAUUAACUCUCGACGAGUGGCGGGGAAACGAACGUCACGCGCGUUAACGCGCAAAGGAUCUGGAUACGGCAGCAGCGGGAGAUAACGAAAGCGUACGGUAAAUUAUCGUGCAAAGUGUCGGAUAUUCUUGGAGGGAAAGAAACGGCACGAUCGCGUCCAGACUGCGUUCUUCAUUUAAGUAUUCGAGGCUUAACGAGAACAGUAUUUUACAUGUUAAUGCGUCUUAGUAUUCGUGACGGUGUGUAAUUUGCAAGGUGUAUUCUCGACUUACGCCGGCCGCUCCUCGGCGGCGGAGAUCUUCGAUCUUAUUUUGCAGACUCGACUGCAUCCGGAUCCGGAUUCCGGCUCGCAUUGGUUUUAUCGGCCUUUAUUAUCGGCGGGACGCUUAGAUUUUCUUCCAGGAAAACAGGUUGUUUCAGGAAGGAAAGCGCAAGAUCACUCUGACUCGCUUUCCUCGAUUCCGUCAACUCGGUCGGCUAUUAUGCUUACACAUUAUGCGAAACGCUUAGAUUGUAAUUUCGUGAGAAAGUGCAAAAUCAUCCUUUGCUCGAUCCUUUUCUCGAUCGCGUCACGUCUUUUCUACGCGCGAGAUCUACGCGUUCCGAUAUUCCGAUAUGCCAGUACUGAAAAUGUCGUGAACAAUAUAUUUUCUACAAUAUAUAUCAUAUACAUAUAUAUUGUAGAUUAUGUAUAUAAUGAGCUAUAUAUAUUAUCUAUAAUGACGUGAGGUGUAUAUUUUCAGUACCGGUAGUGAAUAUUGGAGAACGCAUAUUUAAUAAUCCUUAAUAAUCUCAUUCGUUGAGUCUUGAGAAGCGAGAAGAAAUUGAAUCGCUUUUCUUCAAAAAAUAUUGAACCUCACCUUCACUUUCACGUGAAUCUCAAGCGUGUCGUAUAAUUUUUACUUCGUCACUAAUGGAUCUAGAUCCAACGCGGGAUCUUACAACGUAGACAUGAACCCGAUCAAGCUGUCUUUUUAAAAUAAGUCGAGGAUAGGCGUGGUCCGUUGGCAGAAUAGUGAGUUUACGAUCGUGUUCAGAACGAAAUCAUCAAUCACGAGAAAAUCUUGCGAAUUUAUUUCGGCGUAUUUUUUUCGAAUUAAGGGAAUCAUUUUUGCAGACGAUUCGUCAGAAUUACGUCUACUUCGCAUGUUUUUUUGAGUGUGGAAGGACCAAGAUUAACGUUAAUCUUGGAUCUAAAGUUUUUACGUCGCGAUGUCGGCGACAUGUAUUGCAUUCCGGGCUCGGCCAUGUACGUUUAUAAUUCUUAUUUAAUUUCUUUUUUUUAUAUAUUACAACAUAUGAUAUGAGGAUUUACGUCGGAUUAUGUAACGGAGAACGUAUUAACGGUCUACCGAUGGAUUAUCGCAUCGAUUGCGAUACAUUGAUACCGAUGAUACAUCGAUAGCGCGAGAAUUACACGAGACUAUUUCUCGGAAGAUUGUUAAUUCGAAUUCUAGACGAAUUUAAUUUAUUCGUAAGUUUGAUUUUUGUAUAUAUUUAUUUUUAGGCACGUUAGUAUUAUUAAUCGGACUCGCUUUGUGCUUUUUUGAGUCCGCGUUCCUUACUACUUAUCGCCAUUUGUAAUGCCUACUAUUUCGUUUGUACACGUAUGUAUUUAUUUAUUUAUUCACUUAUUUAUUUAUUUAUUUAUUUAUUUAUUUACUGGAUGUGUAAGUGCGCGACUGUGCGGACUGUGUAAGGACGUGAAUCGCAAGUCGAUUACUUUUAAGCGACUCUCACUGUAUUCAAGCACCGGUAUACUUAUGUUUCUUCCUCAUCUACUAAUCACGUCGUCGGAUUACUUUCAACAGACAUGUAUACGCGAUUAUGAAUGCAAUAAAAGAAAUUAAUCGACUAUUCAUGCAAUGUA